GAAACAAGUAUUGUGAACGUGAACGAGACGUCUGCAAUAUGUCUGACAAAUUAGAAAUAUUUAUAGAAUACGCUUAAACGUAAAUGAAUAGAGCCAAAUAUUUGAUGAUUUUGAAGCAAUGGACUAUGUACAACACACGAUAUAAUAGAUCGAUAAGCAACGUAUUUGGAAGGAAGUUAUGUGUUGUUGGUGUUUGAUCGAGAGCCUUGCGUAUGAAAUGUAGAUAUGUACGUCACGCACUCUGGACGAACGGGUCACACGGACUACGAACGCGCAUUUUAAUAGUGAAAAAACAAGUCUAACUAAACUGUUUCGUUCGACCUUACCACAAAUUAAGCAUUCAGUAAUUUGUGAUUGAAACACCCAACAAUGGAUCAAUUAAUACAAUGUCCUGUGUGCACCCUUUACCUUCACAAUGGAAUGAGUUUGGAAUCACAUCUCGACACUCACCCCAAGGACCAAGUUAUCAAAGCUUUGUGUUGUCUUACCUCAAAAGGCAGUGGUUUCGGCAGUAGAACAUCAACUCCUGCAAACUCGGAACGCUCAUACAGAAGUCGGUCUCGGACACCUGCAGAUGACAGAUGGAAUGGAUCACAGCGAAGCAGUGAACCUGACCGCUACUGGCGAAGGCCACCAAGUAGGACUCCCAAAUCAACAUCAAUUACAUCUCUAUCACGGAAUGAGACACCUGAAAUUAGAGAUAGUAUUAAUUUUGACACAAAUUCAGUUCCAUCAGGUCAGCAUUCUUUGUCAUAUGGAUUGAAAAGUGAUAAAAUGCAACAGUUUCAAAGUUCUCAACUGUCAGAUUUUGAACAGCCAUUUACAGUGUUUCAAGAACCACAAGAAGAUAGAGAGAUUAAAUAUUCACGGAGUGCUGAAUAUACUGCCAUGGAUAAUGUAAACAAUGUUUUAACAUAUAACAUACCACCAAUAGCUGCUGGCUUAAGGUUUCCACCGCAAAACAAUCUUGUGUCAGCAGGACAUAAGAAAGCCCAAGAUUUUGUAAAGAUUCUACCAAAGCCCAAUAACAUACUUUUGAAAACCAAUGUAGGUGGGAUACAGUACAUUACAUCAGGAGUGAAACCUAUGCAUGUCAUGGUGCCGACAACACCAACAUUUGUGCAAAAGAAUAUACAGAACAACAUGCUGAUCUCAGGAAAUAUUUCUAAUUCAUCAGCCCAUAUUGAUGCUAAAGUUGUAGCUCCACAAUUAUCAGGCGCCCAAUUCAAUAACAUGUCAACAGGUGCCUUCACUCCCAGUUUAUCAACAGUUGUGACUCAAAAUUCACAAAUAAUUUACAGAGAAAUGGUGCAUAACAUAGAUGGUAAGCCUUUUAUUUCAAGUAUGCCCACUAUGAUUACAACAGGACCGGAUGCUGUGACAAACGUAGCACAAAGUAGUUCAAUGUAUCAGAACUUAAUGGUUUUGGAUCAAUUUGGAUCUUGCAUGUACACACCACCUCAACAGUUUGUUCCUAAAUCGUGUACUACCACUGUUUAUACAGACACCGAUACCUUAAUUCCAAAUUCCCAACUGUGUAAAAAUAAUUUAAAUGAUCCAAAAACUUUAAUCAUAGAAGUUGGUCCAAUAAUUGCUCCUGAAUCAGUUUCAUCUACCUCUACAUCAACCAGUGUGGUGCCAUCAUCUGGUGUGUCAGUUAAAUCUGAUGUAACAGAUACAUCUGACACCAUAAAUAAACUUGAAUACAUGAGUGAGGCAUCAAGUUCAAGUAAAGGAUUAAAAAUUCUCAGCAAUAUCAAGGUUGAAGUACCAGUACAGCAUAACAAAAAUAUGGUAAAUACUUUAAUGGAUUUAACAGAGUCAAACGAUCCUGAUUUCAUGGAUAGCACUGAGCCCUCAAGAUCACCAGAGAAAAUCCUGCCUGAUUUAGAUGAUGAUAACCACAAUAUUAGUGAAUGUAUUCCGCCUUCAAAUUCUAGCAGUAUCAGUUCAGUACCACGCACAUUUACCAACGUGAAAAGUGCAAAUAAUGUUUCACCAUACAAAGAGUUAUGUAAUAAAGUAAUCGACUCUGAGUUUAGUGAUAGCUGUCCCAUUCCUGAUUUAAUAUGUAAUGAGAAACCAUCUAUAUCACCAUGCAGUGAACUAUCAGAGAAUGGAGAUAAUUCCACUGAUCGUAUAUCAAUUUCCCCUAAACCACAGAGACCCGUUGAAACUCCACAUAAUAAAGAAAUUAAUGUAAAGAAGACCACCUUGCCUGUAAAAUCAAAUAAAAACAAUUCUGCACGAUUGAACAACAUUUUUGUUAAGAAGACCAAGAAAAUACUUCAAAUAAAGAAUGCUAAAACUUUAGGCAGCAUUGUGAAGAAGAAUGAACCAGAGCCAAUGCCAUCAACAUCAACCAGUAAAUCACCAGAGAAUUUCAUUAUGAUGCAUGACAGGAACGGACAAAUGGAAACUACUACACUCCUAACUGUGUCAGUUGAGGAAAUUAAAGAAAAUGAUGAAACUGAUGAUUUUAACACAGACAUUGGGACACCUAUGCAAAUGGAACCAGGGCAACGAAAUAGUCUAAAUGACAGUAAUGACAUGAAAAUAGUUGAAAUUCAAGUGAAGGAAGAAGUGAAUACAAGCAAUGAAGGUGCCUUUUCUAAUGAUACACCUGCAGUUAAAACUAAGGACAACUUGCGACCAAUCCAUGUCAUACCAUACAGUAAUAUGUCAGCUGGAGAUUUUGAUGAUGAGUCCAACCACAGAGAACUGCUGGAUCUAGAAGCAGCCUCCAAGGGCAAACAGUUUGUCAGUAUGAUGAACGAGAACUACUUUGGCGAAAAUCUGUAUCCAGAUUAUUUCACAACGGACCGUGAUGCUUUUGGUAAUGAAAGGGAAAUUACUCAGAAAGAUGGAAUGUACAACAUUUGGGGUGAACCGUCACAGAAGGAAAAUGAAUUUGUAUUACCAAAUUUCAUACAAGAUACAUACAAGAUUACAGAUAGUACAGGUAUAGAUUACUCUGCAUUUUCUGGAAGAGAGGUACAGGGAGAUAAAGAAGGCGAUGGUUGUGAGAAGGACAGCAAGGCUGAUGUACUAAGUGAAAGCAGGAGCGGGGGUGAUACUCCAUUGAAUAUUUGUGCAGAUGAGCGUAUGCCAGCACGGGGAGAGCUCAGUGGACAGGAAAGCAAUGGCGAUAUGGAGUCGGCUUGGAGUGGGAUAUACACCGAGGUUACCGCGUCGGAGCCCUAUGACCUCAUCGCGAGGGAGAGCUGGGUCUCGGACGGCUCCGAAGUGGAUCUUGCGGAGAAGAUGGAAACGCUGGACGAUGACGUGACACUGAAGAAGGUGCGCGGCGGGUCGGGCGCGGCGGCGGGCGGGCCGGGGGGCGCGGCGUCGCGCGUGUCGUACAGCCGCCUGCUCACCGCGCGGACCAUCAAGCGCGAGCGGAGCGCCGCCCGCAACAGAGCCGCGUGUAAUCUGAUAACGGUCGAUUCGAAGGCUUCGAUAACGACCACGAUACUUCAGUCAUACGACAUGGAGGACUCCAAGCCGAAGAUCGAGGGUCUGAUCAAGCAGGAAACGAAACGUAGAAGGAAGGACUUCGUCUGUUCGACCUGCAAAGUGGACCAGCUGACCGACGCCGCCUUCCACGCGCAUCUCAAGAUACAUCCGCUGGAGUGCAUGACCUGCGGGAAGUGCUUCUACAGGAGAGCCAAUCUCGCUCUUCACAUAAAGACGCAUUUAGGAAUUAAGAAUUACAAAUGUGACGUCUGCGAGAAGAGGUUCAUAACGCGACAGAAGUUAACGGAACAUCACAACAUACACACGGGACGAUCGCCGAUCAAGUGCACCCACUGCGACGAGACCUUCAAGAGAUACUCCAAUAUGUUGCAGCACAGAGACCGGCACCACCUCUCGAAGCGCGUGCGUGCGCGCGAGGUGUCGUGCGAGUGCGGGCUGGUGUUCGCGUCGCGCGCCCGCCUGCGCUGGCACCGCGAGACGCACGCCGCGCGCCCGCACGCCUGCGCGCUCUGCAGCGACAAGUUCGUGCACGCCGCCUCGCUCACCCGCCAUCUGCGCCGCACGCACCGCCAGCCCGACCCGCACCUCGACGUGCCCUGCCCCGUCUGCAAGCAGCUGUACAUCCGCACGAACCUGCGCGCGCAUAUGCAGACGCACACCGGCAAGCGGCCCUUCCCGUGCGUCAUCUGCAACAAGUCGUUCACCACUAAGUGGAACCUGAAGCUGCACCGGUGGACCCACAUGAACCGGUCCGCGAAACCCUUCAAGUGCCAUCUGUGCAAGGGCGCGUUCAUCCGGCAGUCGGAGUACGUGUCGCACAUGAAUGCGCACAAGUCGGUGCGGCCCUACACAUGUAACUACUGCGGCUGCAAGUUCAUCAGGAAGUACAACUGCCAGAGGCACGUCCGGGAGCACGAGACGGCCAAGAAGUUCGUCUGCAAGGUCCAGGAGUGCGGUAAGUCGUUCCAUCGGAGCUACUAUCUGUCCGAGCACAUGAAGGUCCACAGCGGGGUCCGUCCGUUCGCUUGUAACAUCUGCGGGAAGACAUCGAGCAACAAGUCUAAUCACAACAAGCACAUAAAGAUCCACCACGCGCGGGAGCCCGUGGCCACAGAGGCGUAGUGGCGCCUCCGACGUUCUUCCACUUAUUCGUUUGAGGGGCUCGCGUAAGCGACAAUCCAUAUAAAUAGCCAAAUUAGUAAAUGUAAUUAAAUUUUAAAUACUUACCUUCUCUAUAUCCAAAUAAUAGGUAGAUUUUCAAUUAAAAAAAAUAUAGCAUAGAUUAAUUAUGUAAUAUUAAAAUCUUAACGAGCUCCUCAAACGCUUAAAAAUACGUAUUUUAAAUAAUAUUAACUGAAGGCGUCAUCGUCGUCAUUGUAAAUAACUAGUUAAAUUUAUACAUAUAUAUAUAUUUUUUAAAUUGUAAAUACGGACCAAGAGUGAACGAAACGAAUGGGUUGUAAGCGAUGUUGUUACGGUUCACGUUGUCUGCGCCCUCGUCGAUUUUCAUUCGUUCGUUGGAAGGUUCAUUCGAUUUCAUUCGUAAACGGGUUCGGGCGUGUGAGAGUCGACUAGGUUUUCGUAAACGAGGUAAAACUUUGGCGCACGAUAUUAUCGAGCGGUCUUUGUUCAACCACAUGCAGUAGUUUCACGAAACAUUCGAUUUAUAUUCCAUGCUAAUUCUGUGGCGUAUAAGCUAUUGAUGUUUCCAAGAAGUACCGCGUCUUAAAGGCUGAGCCUUGACACGAUUACCUAUUCACAUUUUUCAAUAUAAAAAAAAUUGUAAAUAUAAUGUAGCUUUAGAAUAUAGUUAAGUUAUUAAAAGACAUGUAAGAUUAAUAUCGUGCGUGACAGUCAUAGUUUUGUAAGUUAGUCAAAUAAAUUUUGAGGGCAUUUCGGUGUAAGUACCCCGCUUACAAUGAACUAUAUAUAAAUAAAUAAAUAUGUAUUUUUUUCUAUAUCUUUUUCUCUUUAUAUAAUAAACAGGUCAGUUUUUUUAGCAGCAAUUAAUAACAGUAUAUAAUUCGCCUGAAUAUUUUGUGGUAGUUUUUCGCGAGAUUUUAGUUGAGGUUGGCAACAUUAUUCGAAAGCAGUCCUUUUUGGUAACAUUAUCACUAAACUGUUUCUACUGUACGAAAAUCGACUCAGUAAAAUGAUGGUUAAAAUGUACAGGAAGUUGUUUGGAAGGGCAUGAUAGAUGUAUUGAAAUAGUUCGCGACCCUGUAGCUAUAAUAGUCUAGACCCUCACAAGCCAUCGGUUAAAUUUCCCACAUUGUCAACCUCAUGUUAAUCACUAUAUUGAGUUCAAUCGUAACAAAAUUAUUAAUAAUUCUAAAAUUAUUGUGAAUUGAUCGGCAGCUUCAACUGUAUUGGAGUUGAAGCUUCCUCUGAGCAACAGAUAAGCAAUAUUUCCGCGGACUAGCGGUACGUUCAUUCUUGUAGUACAAAUAUAAAUCUUAAUAAGUUAGUAUAUUUUAUAAUUAAAUAAAAACUAUUAUAUUCAUCAUUGAAAAAAAAUAUGUUAUUUAUAGUAGGUAUGUAUUUUUGCCUUUGUUGUUGGUCAUUGAGAGUAAAAUAUUUUAAAUGGUGAUGUCAGGAAAAAGGCGUGAUAGGAUUCUUUUGUAUUUUUAGCCGAUUUUACAAGAAAGAAGGUUCUGGAUUCGUGGCGUACGUUUUUUAAUUCGUGACGUGCUGAUUUUAUAAGUAUUGGAGAAAAAAAUUGAAAUCUGUUGUCACUUAUGCUUCGUCAUUUGGUAAAGUUAGAUACUUUAUUAUUUUUUUUUAACAAAAACACGACAUAGUUCCAGCUUUACGUCAAUUAUAAUUUUUUUUGCCGUGAUCUAAAAAAACCUACCAAAAUAUUAUUGUGCACUACCCUAUUUUGAGUUAAAGCUCAGUUAUACAUGUAAAUAUUAUAUUAAAAUAAUUAGUUUUUAUUUUUAUUUAUUAAUAAUUUUCAUUUUAUCUUGUAGCAGCAACUCAUUGAACUUCUAAUAUGACGGUAGUCUGUUGAAAUUCAAAUUAAACCAUAAAAUAAAAUGUAAGGGCGCAAUGAAAACUGUUUCGAUCCACGAGUGUAUAGUUUGGAAUCCAUUGACCCGUCUGGUUGAAAUGAAAAAUUUUUUUUUUGCUGAUGUGAAAUAUUUGUAACCUGCGUAUUACGGCAUCCAUUAACGUUCGCUUGUGAGGCUCCCUGACUGUGACGGCAAUGUAUACUAUCCCGAGACGAGCAUUAAAAAUAACGUGGAGUAUUAUCUCGCUUUUGUUUGUUUGCAUUUCAUAAACAGUUGACUUUCCGCACGUAGCUUCGUCCACGUCGACUGUGAUAUAUAUCGCGUAUUCAAUUUCAGGUUUGAAAUUAUUUACAUAACUAUAUAAUGAUUUUUCAAAAAAAAAAAAAAAAUUGAUCAAUAUUAAUUACACAUGUAUCCAUAACAUAUACCCGUACAAAGCGUUACUUGUUGAAAUAAAUUUGUAUAUACAUAUAUUAUAGGCACGUCAUAUUAUCGGAGCCCCACUGUCUUUUGUGUACCAUUUUUAUUUAAUGUGGCAAGAAGGCCUCGAUUAAGACUGAUUUUUCCAAUGACGUUGAUUGGUGUUCAAGCCAUUAAUUCUCCAUCUAGAGGUCAGUAGCGGCGGUUAUAUCUUAUUCGCUUACUUGUACGCCCCUCGUGAAUCGGAAAAGGUUUUAUUACACUCUGCAUUUCUUAUUUGUGUUGUUCACACGAGUUGUUUCUAGUAGUCUUGACACUUCAGUCCGAAAACAAAGAUGAUCAGAAUAAGCACUAUCCGAAGGUCAGAUUCCUCAAGAAAUUAGUUAUUUAAAGUUUUUCUUGUGUAAUAUAAAACUGAAAGAUUGUUUUAGUUCGCUCAGCAAAACACAUAUAAUCCUUUUAAUUAUAAUAAGGGAAUGUCAAAUGAUAUAUAUUACAUAGCGACGUCAUAUUUGGUAAAUAUUAACUACACGGAAGAAAGUUCGCAAAUUUCUAUAGCAUCCCAAUUAUAAUUUAUACCGCAUGGUAUCUCAUUUCAUAACAAUACUAAUUGUGUUUACAUAAAAACUUUUCUUCUCACUUAUAAAAAAAAAACUUUAAAAUGUAACCAGAAAUAAUCCUGUGCUCCGUAAAAUGAAGAAUACAUCUAGCAAUUAAUAAAGAUUUGUGAUAAUUUAUUAAAAGAAGUUCAAAAAGCAAUGUUGAGGUCUAGAAAAAUUUGUAAUUGGAUUUUGAGGAGACCUACAUCUAAAGAGCGUUAUUCUAUUUGUCUCCACUAUAUAUUUUGUCAUAUUAAUUAAACAUUAGUUACCUCCACCCCGAAAAAACUAAAUUUUAUUGUAAUUGAUUCUGUGCGUGAAAUUUCAAACCAGUAACAUGAAACAUAGCAGCCAAUUAUUGUCAAAGUUUUGUUGUAAAGUACCGUCGAUCGACUUUGUUUGAAAGUCUCUAGAGACAGUUCAAAAAGCUUUCUGCUUCGCUACUGAAAUAGACUUGUGUGAAUCCUACAUAAUAUUUUGUAAAUAAUAUUAUAUAUGUAUAAACAGAUUAAUAGAAAAUGACUACUUAAUCAAUGACUUGUAAUUAUCAAUACCGCUGUGCAAUAAUAGUUUAGAUUUUUUUUUUAAAUAUUGUUUGAAAAUGUAAUUGUUUUCGAAUACGAGUGCUGUCAUGUUUGUUUCAAAGAGUUUUUCUGGGGGUUGCCAGUUGUGGAAAUAAAUUUUAUUUCCGGUACAUAUUGUAUGCAAUGAAAUAAAACUCAAUGCUUUAAAUAUUGAAAUAUUGUAAAGUUUUAAAAUUAACAAUGGUAAAGAAAUUUUAAUUAAUUUGCAUAAUUUAAAUAAUUAAUUAAAUUAAUUAAACACUUCAUGUUGGAAAUUUUUUGGGGAAAAAAGACAUGCAGUAUUAAAAAAAAUUUAAAGCAUGCAGAAAAAUUACAUAAUAUCUUGAAAUAUUUAAAAAAAUUAGCUCCGCAAUUGUUUCAUAAUAAACUCUAAACCAAUUUAUUUAAAAUAUUUUUAUCUGUGUUUAUCUAUAUUAUAAAUAACGCUUAGACGUCAUUGAAAAAAAAAAGGUUUUGUUUUUGUCUCUGUAGAAUAUUUUAAUUAUUAUUAUUACAUAUGCUUUAAUGUAUUUCAUAAUACUGGUCACAUUUAAUGUACAAAAUUUAAAUAUGUGUUUAAUUCAGAUUAGCUUUGUGCGCAAAAAAAAGUUCUCUUAAAAAAGGUCUAGACAUUCGGUCUUGUAUUAAAUAAUUUUAUUUUUUACGUUAAAAUAUCGGCUCCUUCGUUCGAUCAUAAGGAUGAACUAGUUUUUGUCACGACGUGUGAUUAGGAUUGUGUUUUGAAGAAUGAUUAUUUAUAACAUGACGUAUGAUUGGUCACUCAUAUUAAUUACGUAUUCGAGACAGAAAAACGAGAGCUAAUAUCAUGUCAGGGUGACUAAUUUAGGAACAUCUACAGGCUUUCAUUAUAAUUCGGAAAAUAUUACUGGUGGUAGGACCUCUUGUGAGUUUACUGGUGGUAGGACCUCUUGUGAGUCCACGCGGGUGGGUACCACCACGCUGCCUAUUUCUGCCGUGAAGCAGUAAUGCGUUUCGGUUUGAAGGGUGGGGCACCCGUUGUAACUACACUUGAGACCUUAGAACUUAUAUCUCAAGGUGGGUGGCGCAUUUACGUUGUACCUGUCUAUGGGCUCCAGUAACCACUUAACACUAGGUGGGCUGUGAGCUCGUCCACCCAUCUAAGCAAUAAAAAAAAUCGUUUUCCAAUAAGUGCUCGUUAAGAAUUUGCUAAUGAAAACGUUUUAUUGUGAUAUUUUUCGAUGUCGCAAAGUUCAUCUUUUGAGCCACGAGUUGCGGCGCGAUAUAAUGCGACUUGUGUAACGAAGGACACACGUAUAAAAACUCGUUUUGAGUAUAAACUAUGACUAAUGAAUCUAGUUCAAUUAUAAAGCGUAUAGUCUCAUUCAAAAGAUAUAAAUAUGAAGCCACUGCCACUACAAAUCGCAUCGCAUCGUAUCGCAUAGCCCUUGCAAGAUAAGCUAUGAUCUUUAUUUUACUUCAACUACAAAUUGGCUACUUGUCGUAUAACGUUACGCUGCAAGGCCUUUACUAUCAUAAAAUUUUUAAAUCUCGCAAAAAUGAACCAAUCUUCCAUCAUUAUCAGCCUGCGGCAGUCCAGUGCCGGACAUAGGCCAAAGCUCGCCACUGAACCCGAUGUUCGGUUCUAUAAGCCGCGCUAAUAAAGAAACGAAUCUAAAAUGGCGGCGGCGAUCAUGCGCUCUCACUCUAAACUAUUGCUGUCUUUAGUCGCACACGGCGUGUACUGCAUGCAAAAAAAAUAUCAGUUCAAAAAAUAUCAAAAUAAAUAUAAAAAAAAUAUCGACUUAGAUGACGGGCAGUAAAAGUGUUUACGCAAGUUGCAUACCAGAUGAGACACCUCUCCCUCUGCCAGGGCACUAAAGUACAUUCUCAUUUGUUUUUUUAUAUUUUUUUUACAAUAAACAACUUUUUCUUGAUAUCUUUCUUUUUAAUUGUUGACCCUACCAUCUGUCAGUGCAGGUACAUAGACACCAUUUUCGAUUCGUUUCUUUAUUGGCGCGGCUUAUAUGCAUCCAGUCACUGCCAGCUGCCUUACGCAGGUCGUCGCUCCAUCUAGCAGGAGGGCAUCCUACACUAAGUUUGCCGGUUCGCGGUCUCCACUCCAGAACACGUCAACCCCAACGGUUAUCGGUUCUGCGACAUAUAUCGCACCGCCCGCCAUCGGAGUAGAGUUCAUCCAUACUACCUGGAGCCACUGCGGUCAUCCACAGUGCGUUUCCAGAGAUCUUUUUUGCCACGUACCAUCCGGCUAUGGAAUGAGCUCCCCUCCACGGUGUUUCCCGAGCGCUAUGACAUGUCCUUCUUCAAACGAGGCUUAUGGAGAGUAUUAAGCGGUAGGCAGCGGCUUGGCUCUGCCCCUGGCAUUGCUGAAGUCCAUGGGCGACGGUAACCACUCACCAUCAGGUGGGCCGUAUGCCCGUCUGCCUACAAAGGCAAUAAAAAAAAAAAAAAAAAAAAAAAAAAUAUGGUGACCAGGCCUUCCGUAUCUAAAGUUAAUACUUGAUAGAUUUCCACGUGAUUCACGAAGUGGCGCCAAAGAAUUGUUACUUUAAAAUUCCACAAACGUGCACCUAAUACAUAUUUUAGUAGACUCCAUUACAUAUACUCGGUUCGUUUAUUUUUCCUCUUCUUCUUCUUCUUUAUAUAUUAUAAAAACACACCAGCUGUGUUCAUAUAAUGAAUGAAUGUAAUUUUUUACGCAUAGAAUAACAAUGAUCUCGUUAUAUUUAAAUUAAAACAAAAGAAGUGUUUUUUUUUUUUUUCGUUAAGGUUUUAAAAUAACGCUAGUGUAAAGUUGAGGUUAUGUAAAUGUUUUUUUUUUUUUUGUAAAUCCGUUGUCUAUGGUUCGUAGCGGACCCGCAAGUAAAAUUAAUGCGUAAGGUGUUUUUUUUUUAAAUCCAUGUACGUUAGCUUAGCCGGAUAGAGAAAAAAGUUAUGAAAUGUCAUUUAAAAUUUUAAAUGACAUUUUACUCAUUUUCAUUAUUAUGAUACAAAAGUAGCACUCAUAAAACAAACCAGUCAGUAUUUAACGUUCUUAUAUGUAAUUUUAUUAUAUAAUAAAUAAUAGAAUUUGUAUGUUCGUUUGCCUUUAUUUACAAUUAACAACAUUUAUAUUUCACAUAUCAAGCGUAAUUUUAGAGAAGCUCAGACAUUGUAUAUUAUUUUAACACAGAAAAGAAAUCUGAGUUAGAUGUUGCUUAAAAAAAUAUACAUACUUAAGUUAUAUCAUCAGAAAAGUCACUCAGAUUAACUUUAUGAUUGUAAAACAGAUUAAUACAAUGCAAUCUCUAAAGUAAAAUCAUAAUAUUUAAAGCAUCACUUUUAGUAUAUAAGCAAAAAAUUAAAAUUAUUUAUUAGACGUACGUAACAAUCAUUAUAAAUUGUUAUUAUUUAUGCAUGUCUUGUAUCGACAUACAGUUAAUAUUUUACCAUUAUAUUUCUUUUCAAAUUCAACAUUGAUUUUUCGGCUAUUUAAAAUUAAAAGCGUUUUAAUUUUUAAAAAAAGUAUUUUUAAUUUCUUUGUCAUCGCAUUAGAAACGUCUGCAAAUAUAAUUUAUAAAAUGAAUACGAGUCGAAAUCACAUAGAAGGGUAAAAGGUUAUUUGAUUUAAGCAACAUUUUUGUAACUUACGGGAAAGCGAUUUAAAGAUUAAAAUUUCCAAAAAAAUAUCAUAACACAAAAAAACUGUCUCGGCUAUUUGAAUGGAGUAAACUUAAUUGAAGUUCAAUUGAAUAUGCCAUUUCGAAAAGGGCACAUCUCUGAAAAUGUAAAAUGUUCAGGAAAUGAAAAAAAACUGAUUAUUUUCUAAGGCAGUGUAAAAUUUAAAAUAUUACCUUUUGAGAUAUAUUUUAGUGUUAAUUAGCAAUUGAAAAUUACUGAAAUUAUUAUAAAAUGGGUGUAGGUAAGCCUCAAAACUACAUGUAUAUGAAAAAACGUAUUUGACAAAAUAUGUGACAUGUGCCCUUUUCGAAAUGGCAUAUUCAAUUAAAAUAGCACCCUGUAUGUAUUAAAAAAAUCUAAAUUUUCAUUCAAGUCAUAAUUCUAAAUUUAAAAAAGAUUCUAAAAUUCAACCAGUUAUAUUUUAAAUAUGUAAAGUAUGUAUGUACAUGUUCAUAUAUUUUACAGGACUUAUGUUUUUUUUACAAGGAAAGGUUCCCGAGAAGUCGGUACAUGUUCGUGUGAGUGAAACGAUUUCGUUUAUGGACAUUGUUUUGAAGCGAUAUUAUGUAGAUACCUUUCUACGAACCGUAUAAGCAUCAAUUUUUUUUUAUAUUGUAAUUUUUGAAGUAAUACUUCUUUAGGCGCGUUAUGAAAAAUUGAUGAGAGUGAAAUGUUACGAUGCGCGCGCACCGUGACACAAAAUUAACAGAAUGAAGUUGCCCACUAAAUCGCUCAUUACAAUACGACCGACGUAAUAAUCGUUGGCGAGUCUGAAUAUAGCCGCAGGUGAACUUUCCGAACCGUACCGAGAAUUACCGAAUUUAUGCGAUGUCAAGAAAAGGGAUGUCCAAUAUGCGUGUUUGAGGAUGUUGUUUAAUUGAUUUUUUUUCAAAUUGAUUAAUAAAAAAAAAGAAAUAAAUUUAGUAAAAAUAAAGUAUAACUUCUUACGCGCGUACAAGUACACGCACCCUUUUUUUUGCGUAUCACAGCGAUGUGGAUAGAGUAUGAAUAUAAAAAAACUUUGCAGCGAUGUUUCAUUUAUUACCUCCCUACUACCACAUCACAAUCAACCUCAAGAAACAAAAGUUUUGUUGACAGAUAUCGAAUUUUGGCGCGCUUUCGUCGUUCAAUAAUAAACCUCCGAUUUAAAAAUUUCAAAGUCUAUGGUAACAUGUAUCCCGUUUGGAAAAAUAAAUAAAUAUCUAAAAAGUGAGUAAGUGGGCUAAUGUUAAACUGAAAGCUUAAGCUACCCUGAUCAAUUUAUUAUUUUCAUAUAUCUUGAUGUGCGUGUCGACAAUAAAUACUAGGCAAUUAUCGUUUGAUAAUGUAUAAUCUUCAAGCGCGUUUGUUCUGAGCAAUGUUCUUAUCGAAAUGAUUUUGAUCUUCUCGUGGACUUUUUAGUAACUAUAUGUAAAUUUGUAGCGACUUCUUUCAGCGGCUAGAGUGCUUAGUGCGAGUUUUUUAACGUCCUAGAUAGCGUAAAGCUAACUCAGAUUUGUAUGCAGUCGGAACAGCGCCCCUAGCGACAAACGUAGGCAAACGUUCCUACUCCAUACAAAUUUGAGUUAACUUUUACGCUAUCGAGAACGUUAAAAUCUCGCACUAAGCGCACUGAUAGUUCUGGGCCCGGCGAAAAUUGAUUUACCGAAUACUAUGGUAGAACGAUUUUUUUUAAAAUUUAAUUUUUGUUCGUUUUAGGCUACUGCCAGGUCUCCGCUAAUCGCCGAUAGAGGUCGCUACAAACAUUCUGAUCUCAAUAAGUCAUGUUUUAAGUUGUAAAUGUUGAAUGAGUUAAAUUUAUUAUUAACUUAGCUAUAUAUGUAUAAAUGUAUAAAAACGAGGAAAAUACUAAUUGGGAGUUUUGUUAAGGACCUAACAGUCGUAAGCGCUUCGAUUGUAGUCUACUGAAAAUUGAACAAAAUAUUGUUGGUGCUUAUUGUUUUAAUAGAGUCACUGAGAUAUGGUCCUUAUAGUUUAGAUAAAAAGGCUCUUAAAAACAGCGAUUUUAAUUAAUUAAAAAAAAAAGAACUUGUUUCGCUAUGUCAUGUGCUUCUCAUAAUUAUCGUUUCCGGCUAAGCUACAGUAUGUGGGCUGAUUUUACGCUACAGCUUAAACAUCCUCGGUUGUAAGAGGGAAUUCGGUUAUUUAUUUUGUUAUAGGCUGUAUUUAAUGUAGAUAAUUUUUUUUUUGUACGGCAACACUUUGCGAACGGUUCGGCGGGGUCACUGAACUGAGGGGUUUGUGUUUGCAAUAAAUAUUUAAUAAGGAUUUAAA